AAAAUGCCUCGAAUGCUGCAAGUGGAAGCGGGGAGGAAAAGAUUAUAUUUUACUGAAUAAACAGUGACAGUCACAAACUCACAUGCAAUCCACCGACUCUAGUUGUCUUUCUACGGAGCAGGUAUGUCCUGUCUGAAUCUCAUCUAACCCAGUCAUCACCCGCAAAUUUUCUUUUUCUUCUUUUUUCCUGAUUAAUUAGUCAAUGCAGAAGCACCAUUUUCCAUGGAUCAUUUGUCCAUGGAGUCAUGGGCAGGAAGUAGCUCUGGUCAAAUUCUGUUCAACUGUAAUUCAAGCUGAUGCAAUAAUAACAUCAACACUUAAUGCAGUAAUAAGAUGACCACAUGUCCUCCCUCCUUAGUCUUUAGCUUACUGGUCGAAAACAAUUGUCGGAUUGGACAUCGGUUUUUCCCGAUCUCAGAGGGAUAAAGUUUGCUAAUUGCGCCAUACUUCAUAAAUUUUUUUCCCUUUAAUUUACACUUGGAACGGAAAGAGUAUCAGCGUAAUCAUAUCAUUUCCAUAAUUGUAUUAUAUCUUUUGCAAAUUUUUCAUGAAAUCAAAUAAUCAUGGUUGAGUUUAAUCUAAGUAGCAAUUAAUAUAACAAAACACAGGUUUAGAGAGAGAGAGAGGAAUGAGCACUUUGAGUGGAACCAGAACCUUAAAAAAGGAAAGGCAGAGAGGGAACGAGAGAGAGUGUGUCCCGCUUCACCAGCUUCCACCCUAUUCCGACGCUUCUCCUCAUUCAUCCCCCCCCCCUGCUUCCCCCACUCCCAACUCACCCCUCUCGAAACAGAGACAACACAGAGAGAGAGGAGAGAGAGAGACAGAGACAGAGACAGAGAGAGAGAGCUUUCAUGCUUCUGUUCUGUGUGCCAUUCGGUUUCCUUUGCUGUAUUAUGCACGUUGUCUUUACCACGCGGUUCCUCUUUUCCUCGUCCUCUUCAUUGGACGUUUCAAUCCAAAACGAAACAUCAAGAACUCCAUUGAUUUUCGUUCUUUGCCGGGGUUGUCUGCUUUCCUCCUUUUUUUCCGCACUUUUCCAUGCGGAGAGAAGGCCAAAAAUCUGCACUUGAUAAUCAAUCGAUGACUUGAGGAGAUCUUCGGGUUUGCUCCGUUCGUUUUUUUCUCUGGGUUCGUUGCGCCUGGCCUGAUAAUCAGUCCAUUAGAGGUCCCUUUUUUUCCUUUCUGGGCGCUGUAAUUUUGCGGAGAUACUGACAUCUGCCGUCAGCGUGAUCAUGGGAAAUGUGGUGGGUGUUCCUUUGAGUUCCCUCUUGGCUUCUAUGAGCAACAAUGUCGGAUGGGAUCACUUCUGGAGCAGGGAAUGAUGCUUCUGAGAAAGAGUUUAGCCGAUUUCUCGUAUUCCGGUUGCUAAUGGGGGAAAGGAGCCCCUCCUCCCUCGGGAUUAUAUCCCAAAGAUCUCUCUUUUGCCUGUUCAUGGUCGCGUCGGUUAUGUUCAUAUUGUCUUGGUUCUUCGUCUUGCGUUCUGCCGGUCGCCCACAAUUCAUCGACCAUAGCCUGCUGCCCUCUAACAAGCUUUUUGCAGCCUUGGACGAUGGUGAUUCUGGUCGGUAUGAUCUUGACCCUGCAGUUGAAAAUGGUACUGUCCCUGUUGAUGAUAAUGUAGAGGAAGCAAUCCAUUUGCCUCCUCAGAAGAAACUAGAUAUGAAGUGCAUUACCAAUAACGAUAGAAUCCUCAAGGUCUUUAUGUAUGAUUUACCUGUCGAGUUCCAUUUCGAGCUAUUAGGUUGGAAGCCCCAGGGGGACAGCGUGUGGCCCGAUAUUCGGACCAGAAUCCCCGAGUAUCCUGGCGGAUUGAACCUGCAGCAUAGCAUAGAAUAUUGGCUCACUUUGGACCUUCUUUCCUCGGAUUUCGCGAGCUCUUUAAAUGGGCGAAGUGCGGUGAGAGUCCGCAACUCUAGUGAGGCCGAUAUAAUCUUUGUCCCAUUCUUCUCUUCCUUAAGCUAUAACCGGUACUCAAAGAGGAACCCUCAUCAGAAGGUGAGCAAGAACAAGGAGUUGCAGGAGAAGUUAGUCGAGUACCUGACAUCCCAGGAGGAGUGGAAUAAGGCAGGCGGUAGAGACCACGUGAUUUUGGCCCACCACCCCAACAGCAUGCUGGAUGCGAGGAUGAAGCUGUGGCCUGCAAUGUUUAUAUUGGCUGAUUUCGGGAGGUAUCCGCCUAAUGUGGCAAAUGUGGAGAAGGACGUUAUCGCUCCUUAUAAGCAUCUGAUCAAGAGCUUUGUGAAUGAUAAGUCUGAUUUUGAUAGCCGCCCGACUUUGCUGUACUUUCAAGGCGCCAUUUAUAGAAAAGAUGGUGGGUUGGCUCGGCAAGAGUUGUUUUAUCUCCUCAAAGACGAAAAAGAUGUGCAUUUUUCGUUUGGGAGCGUACUCAAUGAUGGGAUCAACAAGGCCUCAAAGGGCAUGCACACCUCGAAAUUCUGCCUCAACAUAGCAGGCGACACCCCUUCAUCGAACCGCCUGUUCGACGCCAUAGCCAGUCACUGCGUCCCGGUCAUCAUAAGUGACGAGAUCGAGCUCCCGUUUGAAGACGUCCUCGACUACUCUGAGUUCUGUAUCUUUGUAAGGACUGCAGAUGCUAUAAAGGAAAAGUUCCUCAUUAAUCUCAUCAGAAGUAUUGGUAAGGAGGAGUGGACCAGAAUGUGGAGGAAGCUGAAGGAGGUCGAGAGGUUCUACGAGUAUCAGUACCCAUCGAGGGAAGGAGAUGCCGUGCAAAUGAUUUGGCAGGCUAUCUCGAGGAAGGUUCCCAAUUUUAGGAUGAAGAUCCACCGAUCGAGUCGGUUUGGUCGGAAUUCCGAGAAACAGGUAAAACCAAAGAUGAGCAUUCCCAACAACUUCUGGUGAAUGGUCAAAGUGGAAUUUCUCAUUUUCCCCUUUGGGGUAAGUUGGGGAUAUAGGACGCUACUGCAUCGGAUUAUAAUCUAUUUCGAAGGUGACAAGCUGCUGCAGUCUCUCCUCGCUGCAGACUUUGAGGCAGAAACUCCGGAUGUCGCUGUGUACAGGGAAAAGAGGAAAGAUAGUUCGGCGAUCAUCUUGGAUGGUUGGAGGUGACAGACUGAUUUAAAAGCUUCUAGUGCCACUUCAUCUGUAUGUGAAAUGGAAUACAGAAAGAUCAUAGGACGUAGGCUGUAAUUUAUAUGACAUUGGUCUCAGUUCGACCACAUACACAGCGAUAUCUCUCACCCAUAUUCAUGUAUAAUCAACGUAAUUGCGGUAAAUCCCGUGUUUCACGAUCUUUA